GAUGUGUUUAUGGAUAUCGGCUCUGGUGUUGGCAAUGUGAUGACUCAGUUUGUUCUUUCGACAUCAGUUCGCGCGAGCAUUGGUAUUGAAGUCCGACGUGAUUUGGUUGACCGUUGUAAUGGGAUACUGAUUGAGCAUGUAGUGCAAUGGCCAGGCCUACAAAACGUGGAGGUGUAUGCUGAAGAUGUGGAGCGAAUUGAGCUGUCGAUGAUAUACCCUUUCUCCAGCGCAAAAAUCGUCUUUGCCAACAACUUGCGCUUUGAGCCUUCUACCACAAGUGAGCUUGUAUACAUGACGGACGCGUGGAUUGUUGCCUUCACAAGUGAGAUUUGCCCA